UUAAAGUGAGAGAAAAAAAGAGAGAGAUGAGAAAUUAUCAGACAAUACUAAACAAUGGUGAAACAUUACCAAUUAUAGGUAUGGGUACUUAUUCAGGCGAAAACGAUAGAGAAACAACUGAGACAGCCAUUAGAACCGCCAUCAAGAUGGGGUAUAGACAUUUUGAUACCGCAAAAAUAUACGGUUCAGAGGUGGCUGUGGGAAAUGCAUUAAGACGAGCGAUUCAUGAUGGGUUGGUUGAAAGGGAAGAUAUUCAUGUCACUUCUAAACUUUGGUCAAGUGAUCAUCAUGAUCCUGUUACUGCCCUUCAACAAACUCUACAGAGGCUAGGAAUGGAAUACAUAGACAUGUAUUUAGUGCAUUGGCCAGUGGCUUUGAAGCCAUGGGUGGACUAUCCAAUUCCCGCAGAAGAAGACUUUGAGGAAUUAGACAUGGAAAAUACUUGGUCCGGUAUGGAGAGGUGUUUAGAGAUGGGAUUGUGUAGAUCCAUCGGCGUCAGCAAUUUUUCUUCAACAAAAAUACAACACAUUCUAGAUUUUGCUUGUGUCACUCCUGUUGUCAAUCAGGUGGAAAUGCAUCCAAUGUGGAGGCAACGUAAGUUGAGAUCAAUAUGUAGGGAAUAUGGAAUUCAUGUAAGUGCAUAUUCACCUCUUGGUGGUCCUGGAAAUGCUUGGGGGACUACUACUGUGGUUGAUCAUCCAAUCAUACAAUCCAUUGCCCAAAAGCAUGAUGCAACUCCAGCUCAAGUUGCUCUAAGUUGGGGAUUGUGUCAAGGAUCAAGUGUGAUAGUGAAGAGCUUUAAUAUGCGAAGAAUGAAAGAGAAUAUGGGAUCUCUUCAUUUGAAAUUAGAUGAAUGGGAUUUAAUUGACAUAAAUAAAAUCGAGGAGAGGAAGAUUAUGAGGGGAGAAUGGCUAUCUAAUCAUACUACAAGCCCAUACAGGACCAUCCAGGAACUUUGGGAUGACGAGAUUUAA